AUAAAGCUUUUGCUGUGGGGUGGAGAGUUUAGUGUGAUGGUUUCGGGAAAGUCAGAAUCACCGGGACCAGAAAGCGGCCGGGGCGGACAUUGGAAAGUUCCUACGGUCAAUAAUUCAGUAUGAUUAUUCUGGCAUUUCUGAUACAUGUAUAUACACAGCUGAAACUCUCGAUGCUCACCCAUAGUUAAUGGAAGUCCGGACACCAAAUGCAUCCAGGUGAUUGUUGCAGAUUGUCUCAGGCCGAUUGGAUUCCAACCUGAUUUGGCUUUAGUGAAUAUGAGAAUUGCCAUUCUUGUCGGAAUGUCUCCCUUUUCACCGGAUUUUGUCCAUCCAAACAAAACCAGUGUUUAUCCACUGAUAAACGAUGAGGAUGGUACCAUCUCCAGUUCAUUUUUUCACUUGAAGCUGAAAGUCUGGCUUGGGUUAUUUUUUCCGUCAGUGACCUUUAAACAACAUAUCAAUCAAGAUGAAUCUCAUUGUAGCCAAGCUGCUGUGCUUGCUGGCAGUGUUUGUCCUCAUGAUGUUGGGAUCUCUUCUACCAGUCAAGAUAAUUGGGGCAGAUUGUGAGAAGGCUUCCAGAUCUCGUCGAAUUCUCAGCCUUUGUAAUGCAUUUGCUGGGGGGGUUUUCUUGGCUACCUGCUUCAAUGCGUUGCUUCCUGCUGUGAGAAAUAAGUUUGAUGAAGUUCUUAAAAUGGGAAAUCUCACCACUGAAUAUCCACUAGCUGAGACCAUCAUGUUGGUAGGAUUCUUCCUUACCAUCUUUGUGGAACAAGCAAUUCUGACAUUUCGGAAAGAGAAACCUUCUUUUAUUGACAUGGAGACUUUUAAUGCAGGUUCGGAUGUUGGAAGUGACUCAGAAUAUGAAAGCCCAUUUAUAUCAUCCAACAGGAAUUGUAAUCUCUACGAAGGUGGGCACAACCACCACUCUCACAGCUUAAAUAUACAAGAUCUUUCCAAGUCAAGUCCUCUUCGCCUUUUCAGCUUGGUGUUUGCACUGUCAGCCCAUUCUGUUUUUGAGGGCCUCGCACUUGGCUUGCAAGAUGAAGGUGAUAAGGUGCUGAGCCUAUUCAUUGGUGUUGUCAUCCAUGAAACAUUAGUGGCAGUGGCACUGGGCAUCAGCAUGGCAAAAAUAAACAUUCUGAUGAGAGAUGCUGCCAAAAUGGCAUCGCUAGUGAGCAUUAUGAUACCUAUUGGUAUCGCCAUUGGAAUGGCAAUUGAGAGUGCCCAGAACUUGGCAAGCAACAUCACCUCUGCUCUUUUGCAAGGCAUUGCAGGAGGGACAUUUCUGUUUGUCACCUUUUUUGAAAUUUUGGUAAAGGAGUUUGAGGAUAAAAAUGACCGAUUGUUAAAAGUGCUUUUCUUAGUUCUGGGAUACACUGUUUUAGCAGGAUUAGUCUUUUUUAAAUGGUAAUUCAUUAACUUACUAAGCGCAUCUCAAAAUAUAAUUCCAAAACGAUUUAAUAUAUAAAGUGACGCAUAUUUUCUACUCGACUUACUCAUUGGUAAAAGGGCACGACAUGUGAAGAUUUGAUAUGUUUGUACAGAUACUCUUACUAUCUUGUAUUUUAUAGUAUUAACUUAGUUACAUGAUAGACGAUAACUGUACAUUGUGCAGUAACUUUGAUUACUCGCAGCUAUUCUUUACCUAGUAUUCUAUUGGCAUGGGAUUAAGAUAAUUUAUUGUUGAAGUUGCAUUUUGUUGUUAUUAUACACAGUUCUGAAUAAUUAUAUUUAAAAUUCUCUCAUAAUGAACAGGCUUUAUAGGUUCAAGUUUAUUUUGCUAAAAUAGGACUUAAAGGGACACUAUAGUCACCUGAACAACUUUAGCUUAAUGAAGCAGUUUUGGUGUAUAGAACAUGCCCCUGCAGCCUCACUGCUCAAUCCUCUGCCAUUUAGGAGUUAAAUCCCUUUGUUUAUGAACCUUAGUCACACCUCCCUGCAUGUGACUUGCACAGCCUUCCAUAAACACUUCCUGUAAAGAGAGCCCGAUUUAGGCUUUCUUUAUUGCAAGUUCUGUUUAAUUAAGAUUUUCUUAUCCCCUGCUAUGUUAAUAGCUUGCUAGACCCUGCA